AUGCCACCAUGUCUCGCUCUUCUUCCCCGGUCCCUAUUCCCUCUGAAGCACUGUGCUAGACGAAUAUCAACCAUCAAACGCACAGUUCCAAGUUAUUUGGAUCACGAGGGUGGCUGGUUAUGGAACAAUGCCCUUCGUUCUUACAAUAAGAUUUUUCUCUUCGGCUUUGAUAACGAGGUAGAGGCCAUCGCAAGGAUUCCCUGCACGCUGGUGGGUAAUGUCCACAUGUCCACCGCCAGCGAGGUAGCCACUAUGGAAUACGUUCGAAAAGUCUUUGACAAGCCCACACCACGCGUUCUUGCUUGGAGCAAGACCCCGGAAGCUCGAGCCGCUGUAGGGACGGAUUUCAUCCUCAUGGAAUACAUACAGGGUGUUCCGUUGGAGAACCGUUGGCUGAAUACUUUCGACGAGAACAUCGCAGUGGUCAUGCGCGAGUUGAUCCAUUUCGAUAUCGAUAUCCACCAGCGCCCAUUUUUGCAGAUCGGUAGCCUGUUCUUCAAGGAGGACGUUAGCCCCGAGCUGCAGAAUAGACCGCUGUACCUCAGGGAGACGGAUAACAAGGCGCCAGCCGCUGACAAGCAUCGGAUUGGGCCCGUUGUUGAUAACCAAUACUGGUUUGGCGGAGAGGAACCCGUCGUUGAUGAUCGUGGUCCUUCUACGUCGACUCUUACACCACUGCAUAUCGAUGGUACCUUACUUGACUCCAUCAGAGCCGGCAAUAGCAUACCCCUUCCUUACCCACCCCAUCUCUCAAGGUCCAACAUGAUCGUGCAACCCUCCGGAGCAGCGAACAUUCUCUCAUACGUCGACUGGCAAGGCGCCACUGCCAUCCCGUAUCUCAUGGGCCCCGAUCUCGCUCCCGCGCUCCGCUACGAAGGAAGUCUCAUCCCGUUCCCUGAAGAUCCCUUCAGUCUUCCAGAGAUGCCUCCAAAUAUCCCACCCGAGCUCAAAGAACAGGCUGAAUUGGAGUGGAGACUCGCUAAACGACAUAGAGGCGUCGCGAGCAUCCUUAUGCGAAAUGUCCCAAUGUGGUUUGCCACUGCGUGUUCCGCUGAGUGUCCUGUUCGACUGUCGCCAGCGGAAAUUGCGCGUGAACAGGAGGAGUAUGCUGCGUAUUCGCACUACCAGCAGCGCAGAGACGAGGCUCUCGCGUCGAUACAAGGUGACCCUGAUGGGUGGAUGUCAGAGGAAGAUGCAGUAGUGAUGCGCCAGAGGUGGGCUGUAGCGCGCGAGGCGUGGAAUGAAGACGAAGCAGGCGGUCCAUUUCCUCUACAAGACACAAUGUGGUCGUUCCAUCUUACCUGA